AUGCUGGAUAUGGUAGUUGCCGCUCACAUCGCUCGCACCACAUCCGGAGAGUUUGUUGUGGAUCCACGAAAAAGUCAGAUCACCGAUGGAUGUUCUGAAUGCACCUUAGCAUUGAUGCCUAAUCAAAAUCAGAUAGUUUGCUGUGACAUACGCGGAGGGCAUCUCACAAGUACAGAAAUAGAAGAGCUGAUAACCUUUGCAACCGAGAAAUCGAUGAAGCUUUACCCUGUGCUGCGGAAGGCUUUAUUAGCCACCAUCUCAAUGCAGGAAGGGAGCGCUUGUUGA